CAGUUGAGCAACUAUUCAAAACAACUUAUAUUUAAUCUAAUAAACUACUAAAUUAGACUCUGCUGCUAUACAAUUAAGGUUAAUUAUCGGAGACACUUGCGCUGGUAAGUCCAAGAACGUCAGCGAUUCAGUCGGGUUAGCCAUUUAGGUAUGUUACAUUUAUAUAAAUCUACAUAGCUUAAUCAGACAUUGCCGAGUUGACCGACAAAUCGUUAAAAAUGUCGCUAAAAUUGUUUUUGUUCACGUUUUUAACUAUUCAAAUAUCAUGCGAGCAAAAGGCAAAUUUAGCGUUUGUGAUAGACAAUUCAGUGGUUUCAGCGGGUGACAUGUUAAAAGUGAAAUCUUACGCGAAAGAUAUGGUGAAUAUGAUUCUAAACGAAGUUUUAAUUGAUGACAUAUUAGUGAUCACCUUUAAUGAACCAGAGAUCACUAGAACAAUGACUCAAGACAUUCGACUAGUCAGGAAGGCAUUCGACUUGAUAGACGUUAAAAGCGACAACGUUGGCCCAGAGAUGGCGUUGUCAGGCAUCGUAAAAGGUCUGCAAGAGAGCCAGGAUGGCUCGUACCUGUACCUUUUUACACACUCUUCUGCCAAAGACUACGACAGGUUUGAGGAAGUCAAAACACUGUGUCAGAGUAAGAAAAGCAAGAUCUUUUUCAUCCUAACCGAGGAUAGCCAAGCGAACAAUUCACAAAUGGAUGAUAUUUAUAACGCCAUAACAGUGGAGUGUGGCGGGGAACUUAUUCGGAUAAACAAAAGUGGACUGGACAAGACCUUCCAGUUCAUAAGGGAGAGCAUAAAGGUCGCCAAGAAUGUUAUAAAGUCUACACUACUGCCUUCAUCACGAAGAAUGGAGAUUAAAUUCAACAAACGCGAAUCCAACGAUUACGUGUUAGUUUCGGCGUCAGGAAAAGACGUUGAACUGAGGGUAUUCGACGAAAAAGGCAAUAGUAUCGGAAAUUACGUGGCCUGGUUGGAUAAUCUCAAGGCACUGAAACUGGAACAUUUGCCAAACGGCGAAAUCACUGUCAAGGCGAAAAGCAUGACCAACGGUCACUUGGCGGUCUUCGGGCACAUCCCAGUGCAGCCAGUUAAGGACGAUGUAGACAAUACAAGCCGCAAGCCACGACGUUAUGGAUAUCAUUAUUUAAGAUAGGCUCCAUACAAAUGAAAAAUCCCAAAUUUGCCACUGAAAUUUGAACCUAUAGUGUAUAAAAGAGAGUUGAUUUUGCGUUGGAAAAUUGAACGAAUCAAAGCAAACGCGAGUUUGUUCCAAUUGAAUAGGAUUAAAAUUUCACCGAAAUGAGGAGGUACUAUAGGUAGUACCUUGGGUAACCUUGGGAAGAUGAGAAUAUUGUCGGCGAGACAGAAGCCCACCGCCUUCGCUGGCUCGGUAACGUUGUAAGAAUGGGUGGUGAUCGUGGCGCUAAGGGCAUACUUGGGACGCUCAGUAGGGCGGAGCGGAGGCCGAACGGACACCUCAGUUGUCGCUGGGGCGAUGCUGUAGACGCGGACUUGCGCGAUCUCCAAGCCAAUUGGGCGAAAGAUUGAGGAUCGAGACAACUGGCGUGUUCUCGUGUCGGAGGCUAAGACUCAUUUUGGGUCACUGCGUCAUUAGCAAGUAGUAGGUAGUUGUAUUACAAACUAUUUGCGUCAGGAUAUUUCGAGAUUGGUUUAUUUUGCUCAUGUUCAUCCGCUAAUGGCGUAUGGCACGCUGCUGUGUGGAAACUAGACAGAUGCUUUUUACCUUAUUUCAUAGAGAAUACAGAAACACAGUAUAACAGUCAGACAGUGUGUCAGUACAGUUUUUUCCUACAGAAUAGCUAGUUAUUACAAGGUUUAUUUAUUUAUCGUGUGGCAUGACAUUACACUGUUCAUUCAUCAAAGGCUUAUUAAAAUUUCGUUAUAAAGCCCUUUAUAACGCACUACAAAAAUGCGAUUGUAUGAAUCAAAGGCCAGUCAUUGAGCAAAUUAAUUUAAACAAUCCACUUGAAUAAGCAAGUAUUAUAAAUAUUAUAAUAUUUAUAACUAGUUUUGUUAGACAUGUACAUUAUUAUUUUUAUUAAGUUACUAUUUUAUUUGUGAUAUUAUUGUAAAUUACUUAAUU